AAUUAUACAUGAAGAUGACCGCCACGAUAGGAGACGUGCAAACUCUGCAAACCCUAACGUCACACACUAGUGACGUAACAACUAUUGAUUUUGCCGGCGAUUGCGUACUAGUGACUGGAUCCGGAGAUAAACGUGUCAGAGUUUGGCAAUGGCGUUCAGGCGAGGGAUACGUAGAAGCACAUUUCUCCCCGUUGCAAGGACACAAAUACGGUGUCACGUCUGUCAAAGUAAGCCCUCAAUCGACGAUGCUGGCUUCGGCUAGCAUAGACGGCACAACGUUACUUUGGAAUUUGCGAACGGGAUCGAAAAUUCAUACGAUGGUUCAAGUGGGCGGAGAAGCGGUGAGAGUUUGCAGAUUUUCGCCAGACUCGACGUUACUCGCAACCGCUGGCGAUAACGGGCAAGUUUGCCUUUGGGAUUUAAUUCGACGCACUUUAGUUAGAUAUUUUCAAAAACACGACGGUGCCGUGCAGAGUGUGUGCUUUUCACCGGAUUCUAGUUGGUUAAUAACUACUUGCACAUUCGGCGUCAUGAAAUUAUUCGCCACCAGCAACAUCAUCGACUCGUGCUUUACCGAUAGUCAAGCAAUUACUGUAUUCGCCUCGAUAGACGAUGCUCACGAUUUGGGUGUCGUAUCUUGCGAUUUUUCGACCUGCCAGAAGAUUACAAGCAACGAACCUUUCACGAAACUGUAUCAGCUAGUUACCUGCGGCAACGACCAUUACGUAAAGCUGUGGGAAGUGACCGUAAUACAAACGAAAUGCGAGACAUCCACCGUGAAGAUAAACCUGUGCAGAAUUAUGGAGAAGCACAGCAGUGCCUUAACUUGCGUUUCUUUCAAUGCAAACGGAUUGUUCAUCGCUAGCAGCGGCCUCGACAAAACAACAGUUAUCUGGGAAACGGACUCCGGGAAAGUGAUAACGAUAACAGCAGGACACAAUAGGUACGUGGCCUGCUGCGCGUUUUCCAGAGACGGGAAUUUAUUAGCUACAGGGUCCAACGAUAAAUCCGUAAUUAUUUGGGAUCUUAAAGGAAACUUGUGUCUCGACUCGGAGCUCACACGAAGAUUCACACCUGCCUUAUUUUUAGACAAUCCGGAAGAGAGCGCUGAAUAUGAAGAAAGCGUGAUGAAAAACGCAGAGACAUCUGUCAAUGACGUUCAAUUGAUUCAAAGAUUAGAAGAGCACGGUGGAGUAGUGAAUAGCGUAGCUUUCUACGGGAAUCAUCUUAUCGCUUCUGGAUCUGGGGACAAGCUAAUACGAGUUUGGAGCAUUGAGAUCGAAGAGGAAGCUAAUGCCGAGACUAGCAUGAAAUUUCAAGAGAAACCUUACAGCCCGUUGGAUGGUCACAAAUAUAGCAUAAAUCACGUGGAAUUUAGCCCCUGUGGUCGUAUGCUUGCCUCUUGCUCCUUAGACGGAAGUGUUAUCAUUUGGGAUAUCGAGAACGGUUCUCAAGCGAAAUCUUCUUUCGUGAAUUCGGGAUCUGGUAUUCGCGUUUGUCGAUGGUCACCGGAUGGUACUAAAAUUGCAACAGCUGGAGAUGAUGAAAGGACGACAUUGUGGGAUGUGAAUAAUAUGGAGGAACUUUGCGUUUUCAGGGGUCAUUCCGAUGCAGUAAACGCGAUUGCGUUCACGCAUGACUCCUGUUAUUUAGUUACGGCAUGUAACGAAGGUGCUUGGAGACUUUUCGACGUCAGUGAUAAAGAAAAUUGCGGGGCGUUGAUUAUUUGCGCGGAAGCGCACGACUUAGGCGUACAAGGAUGUGAUUUUUGUCCGACGUCUAAUUUCAUAGCUAACGGAACGAACGAAAAUAUAAUUAGCGAUAAACAUUCUUAUCUGUUAGCAACCGGUGGCAAUGACUCUUUGGUUAAGUUGUGGAAAAUAACGAUUGGCAAAGUUAAUGUAAUCGCGCCGGGUGGCAUCGGAAACAGUAGUGGCGAUGUGCGAUACGAAGAAAAAAAAUGUUUCACCGGACAUGGUGGCAACGUGACCUGCGUCCGAUUUUCUCCGAUUCAAAGCGAAAUCUUGGGGAGCGUGGCUACUGAUAGAACGGCGCGUAUAUGGAGUGUGUACUCUGGGGUAUGUUUGUACGUGUUAGAACAGCACGAAAGUCUUGUAACUGCCUGCGCUUUUUCACAAGACACUUCACUCUUUAUUACAGGUGCUCUGGAUAAAACUGUUUUAAUUUGGAAAAUACCUCAGCAACUGAUUUCGCAAAAUAUACUAAUGAACAAUUUAAAGAAUAACAGGAAAAGGGUUUCGGACUGGAAGUUCGAUGAUACGUUAAAAUGGUUGGACGAGAUUGGCUUGUCGUCGUUAAUUAAGAAAGCUAACGCGAUUUCUUUAACGGGACGACAAUUACUUUCUCUGUCGGAAGACGAAUUAGCAAACAGGUUGGAUAUAGAACAAGAUGAGGAGACAGCGGAAGCGUUUAAAACGCAGCUGUACUGGUUAAAACGUGAGGACAGUAACUCUAUAGAGAUCUCUAUAGACGAUACCGAAAUACCUCACGAAUACUUAUGCCCUAUCACACAUGAAAUAAUGAAAGAACCCGUCCAAUGUUCUGAUGGAUUUACAUACGAGAAAGCUGCUAUAAACGAGUGGUUCCUAUGUGGAAAAUAUACAAGUCCAAUGACGAAUAAACCACUUCAGAAUACUUCGUUCACUCCGAACGUUACACUCAGGAACACGAUAUAUACUUUCCUACAUGGGAAUCGACCACAGGCUUAAUCCUUUAUAGAACAGUAUAGUGAAUGAAGCAAUCGAAAAAAGAUUGAAAUAUCUUUAAAUCCUUUUGAUUUCUGAUACGAUGAUUUUUCAAAAAUUUCGUCACGUUUUCUUGAUUGCAUAUCUGAUAGAGAAUGGUGAGUUAUAUUUAUCAGAAAUCGUUUAUUGAAUUUCAAUGGUCUUUGGCAAGAAUACGUACCAUAUACUAUACAUACAUAAGUAAAAGUAAUGAAAAUGAUUAACGAAGUUUCUAUCUUUAUUGUUGUCAAAAAAAGUCAAUCUGAACGAAAUUACAAGUAUGAGAGGUUUCAUUCCAACUUUACAAAUAAUAAUAAAAAUAUCAAUAACCAAACAUUGAAUUUUUAGACCAAGGAAUUGCUGUAUGUAUGUUUUUAUAUGUAAUACGGACCAAUGCAAUAAGUGGUAAAUAUACUUAGCAGCAACCUAUAAAGAGUUGAAUAUGGUUUUUUAAUUUAACUCUAUGGAGCAUAGUUAAAAAAUAUCUUUUCUAAUAUCCUGACGCCCUAGUGGGAUAUUUUCUGAAAAAUUAAAAUUACUAUGUUAUGAUGCACUCAGUUUGUAUAGUUAGAAACUCUCUCUUAUUUUUUUUAGUUUUAAUCAUCUAGUAUUAUUUCACAUGUUUAACCUGUUAACCAAGAACGACGAAUUAACUCGUCUUGCGAAUAUAAUAAUUUAUUCGUUAAUAUACCUAUCAUUUUUUUAAGGCUUUUAUAAUUUCUAUUAAAAACCAAUUAUAUCAUAAUUACAUUUACAAAAAUUAAGAUUGAUCAAAUUAGAAUCAAUUUCUCUUUAUGAAUUAUUAAUUCUACAAUUAUAGAAAUAUUUAAAGUCUUUAAAUAAUUGAAAUAAUUCUAUUUUUAUAUAAUUUAUUAAAAUAGAAUUUCUGUGCGGCUCAGGACACAUUUAUAGUUUGUGCCAUAAAGAGUUAAGCUACGAUAUAAAAUAUAACGACGAUACGUCAAACAAA